UUUGUUCUUUUAUUCUUUCUUUCCUUCACUUGGAUUUUCUUCCUUAAUAUUUGCACUUAUUGCGCCCUUUGCACCUUAUCUCCCCCUCUCUAGACUGAAUCCCGUCAACACCGUGAAACUUACCCCGAGUUCAGUGAACACGAACACCGAAACUGCAAGGCAACGACUUAAUUAUCAAGCUGCGGUAAUGGAUCGCGCUUAUGCUCGGACUGCUGAAGAUACUUUAAACUUCUUCAACGUCGAUGAGCGCACUGGCCUUGACGACCAGCGGGUGAAAGCUGCGAUUUUGAGAUAUGGGAGAAAUGCACUCCCAGAGGAACCUCCGACCCCAUUAUGGCAGCUUGUCCUGGAGCAAUUUAAGGAUCAGUUGGUGAUAAUAUUAUUGGCAUCUGCGGCUGUGUCGUUCGUAUUGGCUUUUCUGGAGGAGGGUACCAGCCUGACAGCUUUUGUCGACCCUGCUGUUAUUCUCACUAUCUUGAUUCUCAACGCGGUUGUGGGUGUUUCCCAAGAAAGUAGUGCCGAAAAGGCGAUUGCUGCCCUUCAGGAAUAUUCUGCCAACGAAGCAAAAGUUGUGCGCAAUGGCCAUGUCUCUAGGAUUCGUGCUGAAGAGCUUGUCCCCGGUGAUAUAGUCGACGUAGCAGUCGGCGAUCGGAUACCCGCCGACUGUCGCGUAAUUGCCAUCAUGAGCAACACUUUCCGUGUCGACCAAGCAAUCCUCACCGGUGAGAGCGAGAGUGUCAGCAAGGAUACCCGCCCUGUCAAGGAUUCUAUGGCUGUCAAGCAGGAUCAAAUAAAUAUGCUCUUCUCCGGAACAGCGGUCACGGUCGGACAUGCCAGGGCUGUUGUGGUUCUUACCGGUAACUCUACUGCUAUCGGUGAUAUACACACUAGUAUCACCUCGCAGAUCUCAGAGCCUACGCCAUUGAAGCAAAAGCUGAACGACUUUGGGGAUGUUCUAGCAAAGGUUAUCUCAGUAAUUUGUGUAAUUGUCUGGCUUAUUAACAUCGGAAACUUUAGUGAUGAAUCUCAUGGUGGUUGGCUGAAAGGUGCUAUCUACUACUUGAAGAUCGCCGUUUCAUUGGGAGUCGCUGCCAUUCCGGAAGGUCUCGCCGUGGUCAUCACAACUUGUCUCGCCCUUGGGACUCGCAAGAUGGCUGCAAAGAAUGCUGUUGUCAGGAGUCUGCCUUCGGUUGAGACUCUCGGAAGCUGCAGUGUUAUUUGCUCUGAUAAGACCGGAACCUUGACAACUAACCAGAUGAGCGUAUCGAGGGCCGUUGUCAUUGGCGAAUCUCAAAUGGAACUUAAUGAAAUUACACUCUCUUAUGAUCCUAAAACACAGACUUUCACAAACGUUGGCGAGCCCACUGAAGGUGCUCUCAGGGCAGUUGAGAAACGCCUCGAUGAAGCUAAUAGAUAUUACGAAUCUCGAAACCCCCGUCUCUCAACUUACGAGUUCUCUCGUGACAGGAAGAGUAUGUCCGAAUAUGCACAAAUCGAACAACGUAUGACUCUAAUUGGUCUCGUUGGUAUGUUGGAUCCCCCUCGCCCCGAGGUUGCGAACUCGAUCAAGAAGUGCCGUGAUGCUGGAAUUCGUGUCGUCGUUAUCACUGGUGACAACAAACAGACUGCUGAGACUAUCUGUCGUCAAAUUGUUGCCAAAAGAGCGAGCUUGUUUUCUCGAACCGAACCAACUCAUAAAAGCAAACUUGUUGAUCUCCUUCAGGGUGCUGGCGAAGUUGUGGCAAUGACUGGUGACGGCGUCAAUGAUGCCCCGGCCUUGAAGAAAUCCGAUAUCGGCGUGGCGAUGGGCAGUGGAACGGACGUAGCGAAAUUAGCAGCAGACAUGCAAUUUAUCCGUUACUUGAUCUCUUCCAACAUUGGAGAGGUGGUUUCCAUCUUCCUGACUGCCGCGGCAGGCAUGCCCGAAGCGCUCAUCCCCGUCCAGCUCCUAUGGGUCAACCUAGUCACCGAUGGGCUCCCGGCCACCGCCCUAUCCUUCAACCCCCCAGACCACGACAUCAUGAGACGUCCCCCGCGUGGAAGAGAUGAGGCACUCGUUGGAGGCUGGCUCUUUUUUAGAUACAUGGUCAUCGGCGUGUACGUUGGUGCCGCGACAUGCUCAACAAUGUACCCGGAGAUUGGCUUCAUUGAGAUGUUCAACGCUAUGAAUGCACUUAGUUCUAGUGAGAGUCUGCUUACCCUGCCAUUGUGGAAGAACAUGAAGCUUGUCUACGCCAUUACCCUUAGCAUGGCCUUGCAUUUUGCACUCUUGUACACCCCCGUCCUUCAAGGUCUGUUCUCGAUUGUGCCAUUGAACUUGCACGAAUGGCAAGCUGUGGUGUAUAUUUCUCUUCCAGUCAUCUUUAUCGACGAAGCUCUUAAAUUCGCCGAGCGAAGAUUAUACCUUCAACAGCCCACCAACAAAGCCAAAAAUGAGUAGACUUUGCCGCAACCUACUUCGCAACCAUUAGCCUCCUCCCACUCAGCUACCCCCUGCUUUCUCAUCAAUUUUCUAUUUUUUGUUCCCUUUUUUCUUUUCUUUAUCUUUGCCAUGGCCUUUUAGAAAAGAAUCCUGCCUAGAUAUUUGAUGUCUUCCCUCUGUAGAUUUUCAUCUCGUUUUGUCAUUUCUUUUAUUGUUUGGAUGGGUAGGAUAUGGUAGGCUUGGUUUGGUUUUAAGGGAAGCUGGGGAGUGUGGGUUAUCAUAUCAAGCCUUGUUGGCUUUUUUUCCGGGAACAGAAACAAAAAAGGCAAUUGUAUAUGGCUCGGAGAGGUGUAGGCUAAGUUAAGGUACACGAAGAGGAGAAAGGUAGAGAAUGGAGAGGAAACGGUGUACUUCUAGAGGCUAUAGAAUGCAUUUCGACCACC